GGUUUUCUACCUCCGAACACCAAUCAGAAAGCGUGUUGCUGAGAUGUGGGAUUGGCUCGUGGACUUGUGGACGCCUGCGGGGCCCAGAUUGACAUCGAGAAUGGUUUGAACAGUUCACAGCUUCACCAGCAAGAUUUUUCUGCACUCUUCCCAUAGCCACAUUAAUUUGUCAUCUUUGCCAAUUGGCAGGGUGUAAGGGAUAUGAUUUUUCCUGAGGACUGCUUCCCAGAAAUUUUGGCGCCUUACAUUGUGUAAACCUCACUUCAGAAAUUGAAGGAGCUCUUGAUUUCAUCAGUUUAGCUAUUUGUCUCACUGACUGUGACCCCUUUAUCGUUCAUAGACAAAAAGAUUCCCUGAAAUUAUGGAUUGCCUACCUGUGUUUUGAGAAAACUUUAGCAUGUGGUUUUUUGGAGACACCACCCUAAGAACUGAAUGUAUAAUAGAGCUGGCUUUAGGGAUAGGAAGGCCAGUAGCAUCCGAGUCUGCAUAGAACUAUGCUUCGAGGUAUUCUGGGAAAAACCAUUCGACUUCUUGGCUAUACUCUUCAAUAUGGUUGUAUAGCUCAUUGUGCCUUUGAAUAUGUUGGUGGUGUUGUCAUGUGUUCUGGACCAUCAAUGGAACCUACAAUCCAGAAUUCUGACAUUGUCUUCGCAGAAAAUCUUAGCCGACAUUUUUAUGCUAUCCAAAGAGGUGACAUCAUAAUUGCCAAAAGUCCAAGUGACCCUAAAUCAAACAUUUGUAAAAGAGUAAUUGGUUUGGAAGGAGAUAAAAUUUUCACGCAUAGCCCAUCAGAUUACCUUAAAAGCCAUAGUUAUGUACCAAGAGGUCAUGUUUGGCUAGAAGGUGAUAAUCUCCAGAAUUCUACAGAUUCCAGGUUCUAUGGACCUGUUCCAUAUGGACUAAUCAGAGGACGUAUUUGUUUAAAGAUUUGGCCUCUGAAUGAUUUUGGAUUUCUACGUGACAGCCCCAAUAGCCACAGAUUUUCUGAUGAGUAAUCAGUAUUGAGCCAACCAAAUCAUUUCAUUAUCAUAUCGUGUUCCUCAAGAAACAUUUUUGCUAAGUCACUGAAACCAUGUAUUUACAAAUAAAAUAUUUGAUAUUGAAUUUUAUUUU